CACUCCUAUUUCCCUUCCUUUCUCUUUCCUUUCUAUCUUUCUUCCCAUUUCAGCUUCUUCUUUUCACAGCCAUUUAUUAGAUUCCUCUCAAGUAGUCAUUUUAAUUAUUUCUUUCUUUCUUCAUUGGAUUGUACAGAUUCCCAGUUCAAAUACCCAUCUCUAAAUAUUUUCAUUUCUUCUUGAUUUUUUGGCUUGUUUUUAUUGCUUUUAUUGAUUCAUGUUCUAUGGGCAGAUAACAUAGAUAUAAAAAAACUCUUCUGGGUAUUUUUUUCAUUUUUAAGCUUUUUCUUUGUUCUGCAAACUAAACUUGUUUUCUGGGUUUUUGCACAAAAAGUCUUUAAUACCAGUUGAAUUUGUCAUAUAAGGCUUGAAGAAACCAAUCAAAUUUAUAUUCAAAAAGGUUUUCAAUUUUUGGUCAAAGUUUUUGUCAAUAAUAAAAAUUUUCUUUUUUUUCUCUCUUUGUUAUUUUUAAAUUUAUCUUUCUUCCCUUGAGCCAAAGAGAAAGACAUGGGCAAGCAAGGACCUUGCUAUCACUGUGGAGUUACAAGCACUCCUCUAUGGCGUAAUGGACCUCCUGAGAAGCCAGUAUUGUGCAAUGCAUGCGGGUCGCGUUGGAGGACUAAAGGGACCCUUGCAAAUUAUACCCCACUUCAUGCUCGGGUUGAACCUGAUGAUUAUGAGGAUCGUAGAACUUCCAGAGUGAAGAACAUAUCUAUAAAAAAGAACAAAGAAAUCAAACUGCUGAAAAGUAAAGCAAAUCAUGGAACAGCAGUUGUUGCCCCUGAUUACAACCUGGGUUUCCGUAAGUUUGUGGAUGAAGAUAGUAGUAAUAGAUCAAGUUCUGGAUCAGCAAUAUCUAAUUCUGAAAGCUGCGCUCAGUUUGGCAGUGCAGAUGCUAGUGACUUGACAGGACCUGCUCAAUCUAAUGUGUGGGAGUCAAUGGUACCUUCUAAGAAAAGAACCUUCGUAAAUCGUCCAAAGCAAUCUCCUCUUGAGAAACUUACGAAAGAUUUAUAUACUAUUUUACAUGAACAACAGUCUUCAUAUUUCUCUGGAUCUUCUGAGGAGGAUUUACUUCUUGAGAGUGAAACACCCAUGGUUUCUGUUGAGAUUGGACAUGGAAGUGUUCUAAUUAGACAUCCAAGUUCAAUAGCUCGAGAUGAGGAAUCUGAAGCUAGCUCACUUUCAGUUGAAAACAAACAAUAUUCAACAAACGAGGCUUAUUCACAUUCUUCAACCUUCCCUGUAUAUAGCGAUAGCAAGGCCAUAAAAUCUUUAGGACAUGCAAUUGAGAAGGCUAAGAACCCGGCUGAACAAGGAAUGCAGCACGAGCAACUUAAGAGGGACAAGGCUCAAAAUGAAAAAUCACUAAUGCUGGAAAGUCAGAAGUCACCACUGUGUAACAUAGAUUUAAAUGAUAUCCUCAACUUUGAGGAGUUUGUGAAACAUUUAACAAAUGAAGAGCAGCAGCAGUUGUUGCAGUACCUACCUCCACUCGACGUUGCCAAACUUCCUGAUAGCCUCCAAAGCAUGUUUGAAAGCUCUCAAUUCAAGGAGAACCUAUGUUACUUUCAGCAACUGCUUGCAGAAGGGGUUUUUAAUAUCUCGGUCCCAGGGGUGAAAGCUGAAGAUUGUAGGACUUUGAAAAGACUUGCAUUAUUUAAUUUGACUAAAUCCCAAUGGGUGGAACGCCGUCAUGUACUUAAGAGAUGUCAAGAUAGUAUUGGAGCGCCUGUGGUUGCUAAAGGACCAACCGCCACUACAUCAAACAAUUUAGUGAUUAUGAAGAGAUCACGUGACAGCCAAAGUCAAAAUUUUCCAGAAGCAAGGACCAUAAAGUGCCCCAAAAGGGUGGUCAUGAAGGCUACUUGCGAAAACAAAGAAGUCAUAGACAAUGAUGGUUCUUGCUUUAGUCCAAGAAGCCUAUUCGCCUUGCCUCCUGAUGGUAGCUCUCUUCUGCUGGAUUCUCUCCAUUUUGUCAAUGAAAGUUCCGACCAAGAUUUGCUGCUGGAUGUGCCACCCAAUGGGUCAUUUCUGCAGGCCGAACUGCUUCAUCCUACUUUAAGUUUUGGGCAACAGGCUAGCACUAGUAGUAGCUCAGCACGCUCACAUCAUGUCCAUCCUUAGCAAUGGUUGUUAAUUACUAGAACUAUAAAAGUCUACUCCUUCUGCAAGAGAUCCCCAGGACCGGGAUCGACAUAUUUUGCAUGCCAAACACUGAAGUCUGUGAAUUGGGUUUGAUGGUUGCUCUUUUAUCCCUCGACCUUUUCGAACUUAGAAUGCUAAAAGAUGAAUUUCUGUUGGGUUCUUUUGUAUAGGUUGACAACAUACUGUAAUAUAUAGCUCCAAACAAGGAAAAGCAAAAGAGGUGGUAAUCUCCCAAGUUUUUGUAUGCAAAUGUAGUUUUUGCAUAGACUUAAAUUUAUAUACCCCAUUAUCACUUUAGAAUGUGAA